AUGUUGAGGGUUUUAGGUGGACCCCAUGACACAUCAGUUCUCACAGAUUUUGAAAAACACAUUGCUUUGAGAGUGUGGAAUGAAGAGGAAUGUCCUGAGUUGAAGCUAUCUUCCCAUGGAAGGAAGAUGACUAAGUUCGGGAGGUCUGCCCCAGAGAUUGAAGACCUUGUGGUGGCCAAUGGACUGAGUCCUUUGAUCGGACUAAUUUCUGCUUUUGUGGAACACUGGCAUAAGGAAACUAGCAGUUUCCAUUUGCCUGUCGAAGAGGUGACUAUCACCUUGGAUGACGUUGCGUUGUUGCUACGUUUUCCUGUUGUAGGGGUGUUCCACACCUUCAAGCUACUUCAUGUCGACAACGCUGUCGAGAUGUUGGUGGAAUUGCUCAAGGUCAGCGCUGCAGAGGCGAGAGUUGAGACGAUUCAGUGUCAUGGAUCUUAUGUUCGACUAUCGUGGUUGUGCGACAUGUAUGAGCUGAAGAUUGAGAGUGGAGGUUAUGCUUGGGGCACUGUUGUACUUGUGCACAUGUAUGAUAAUUUAAAUAACGCAUUCAAGAGCACAGUGAGGCAAAUUGCAGGAUAUAUCACUCUGUUACAGGAUGACAUUGUAGCAAUUGCUGAUAGGUUGGACAGACUACUAAACCUGAGGAUGUUGACUGAAGGAAAAAAAGUCUAUGUUAUUGUUGAAGAAUGUGUGGGCAUCGCAAGACGCUACAUUGGCCAGCCAACUGUAGGUCAAUAA